AUGAAAGGAGACAACCUCACCAUUUGGAACUUCUUUUUCCUGGAGGGGUUUUCUAGAUACCCAAAGUUAGAGAUUGUUCUCUUUGUCUUCAGUCUUGUAAUGUAUCUGAUAACCCUCUUGGGUAACAGCACUCUUAUUCUGAUCACUAUCCUAGAUUCACGCCUUCAUACUCCCAUGUACUUGUUCCUUGGCAAUCUCUCUUUCAUGGAUAUUUGUUACACAUCUGCUUCGAUUCCCACUUUGCUAGUGAACUUGCUGUCAUCCCAGAAAACAAUUAUCUUUCCUGGGUGUGUUGUACAGAUGUAUCUGUCCCUUGCCAUGGGUUCCACGGAGUGUGUGCUCCUGGCUGUGAUGGCAUAUGACCGUUACGUGGCCAUUUGCAAUCCUCUGAGAUACCCCAUCAUCAUGAGUAGGCAGGUGUGUGUGCGGCUGGCCUCUGUCUCCUGGCUGACAGGCUGUCUGACUGCUCUGGUGGAAACCAGUUUUGCCCUGCAGGUGCCCCUCUGUGGGAAUCUCAUUGAUCACUUCACUUGUGAAAUUCUGGCCGUGCUAAAGUUAGCUUGCACGCGUUCAUUGCUCAUGGACAUGAUCAUGUUAGUGAUUAGUGUUCUGCUUCUGCCCAUUCCAAUGCUCUUAAUUUGCAUUUCUUAUGUCUUCAUCCUGUCCACUAUUCUGAGAAUUAGCUCAGCAGAGGGAAGAAGCAAAGCUUUUUCUACCUGUGGUGCCCACUUGACUGUGGUGAUUUUGUAUUAUGGGGCUGCCCUCUCCAUGUACCUAAAACCUUCUUCAUCAAACUCACAAGAAAUAGACAAAAUCAUCUCAUUGCUUUAUGGAGUGCUGACCCCCAUGUUGAACCCCAUAAUUUACAGUUUAAGAAACAAGGAAGUCAAAGAUGCUGUGAAAAAGCUGGUGGACACAUUGUCUUCGUAUCAAACACAUGGCAGUUUCUGA